CAAGCCAUGGUUUAAUGGCGAGCGAGCUUCGUGCUAAUGGAGCUCUCUUCUCGUUCCUCUCUCUUCUCCUUCUCCUCCUUCUCUUCGUCUCCAUUGAGGUCUCGGAGGCUAAGAGAAGGGUGAGCAUCCCUGAUGAGCUUGACGACGUGGUGGACGACGAAGAAGACGAGGAUUGGAAGCAAUGGGGCCAGCCAAAGACCACCAAAGACGAAGCCUCGGAACCGCCUGUUGAUUUCUCCAAGAUGAGCCUGGAGGAGAUGCAAGCUGAGAUUUCCCGGAGCCAGACCGGACCUUCCUUCGGUUUCGUCAAGCUCCGCCUCGGUGUCACUCGUUCUAGGGAGGAUGUACCUUUAAUAGCGAUGAAAUGGAGCAAGAUACUCCGGACUGGAUCUAUCGAGGGCAAGUUCAUGGCUGUUGAUAAGAAUACGAUCAUGUUCAGUAUGGAGAAGGGACAGGACACAAAAGAGUUGAAGGAUUUCAUCUUGAGUCAACCGGAGGCAUAUGAAAUAAAAAUCGGUGAUCAACUUCAUCGAAGACCAGGCGAUCCUCCUCUCGAUGAAAUUAUCGGGUCAUUGAAUCGCGAGAAAAGUAACAAUGGCAUGCAUGAUUCUAUUAAAGAUGAGUUUUAGGGUUUGUUGAUUUGGUGAUGUUCUUCACAAGGACAAGAGAUUGAAGAGAAGAAUGCUUCCAUUAACAAUGACAUAAAAAAGUUUCUUUGAUGUAAACACCCCUGAAAUAUUUCAUGAUGUCUUCUCAUUUA